AUGUCGAACGCCUACACACAAGGAAACAGGAAUGGCAACCUCGCUCCUCGAGAUUCGCUAGAACUCGCUUCCCUCGCAUCGUCCUCACCCGUGUCGGUAGGCUCCUCGCGCUCCUCCUCUCCAGAUGGCAUCUCCUCAUCACGCAAGCUCUCCCUCGAGGAUGAAGAUCCCCUAGGCGAGUCGCAUCGCGAUGCAGAGCUCGAAUCGGGUCGCUCGAGAGGUCUCCGGUCAUAUUCUAUUUCAUCAGCAUUCGAUUUUGGGCGCACGCUUUUCCCGCUGUCGCAAACGCAAGGUGGAUAUGCGCCGGUUGGGACUCCGGCCGAUCGACAGGUGGAUGGAUCACUGGAGCGGAAUAAGACCUUGACGUAUCUGAAUGGUCUGUCGCUUAUUGUUGGGCUGAUUAUUGGUUCUGGAAUCUUUUCCUCGCCGAGUCAGGUCAAUGCCAAUGCUGGGUCGCCUGGCGCCUCACUCAUUGUUUGGGCUGUGGCUGGUCUGCUGGCUUGGACAGGUGCUGCCAGCUAUGCGGAGCUAGGAGGCGCCAUUCCGCUCAAUGGUGGCUCACAGGUUUAUUUGUCCAAGAUCUUUGGAGAGCUCCCCGGUUUCCUCUUUACAUGGUGUGCGGUGUUGGUGUUGAAGCCUGGGUCGGCGGCCAUUAUCUCGAUCAUCUUCGGUGAAUAUGUCGUGCGAGCCUUUGUCGGUGCUGAUGUUGGAGACGUCAAUCCGUGGAUUAACAAGGGUGUUGCAUUUGGUGGCCUUUUGGCGGUUACUCUGCUCAACUGCGUAUCUACCAAAUUCGCAACCCGCAUUGGAGACUUCUUUAUGUUCUUCAAAUUCGUUGCACUCUUGGGAGUAACUGUCAUUGGUGUGAUUGUCGCCGUGACUGGUCUGUCGUCCGGAGGAGAUGCAAAUGAAGAAUGGAAGACAACAGGAUGGUUUGAGGGCACCAACACUGAGAUCUCGGACUUUGCAGUCGCCCUGUAUGCAGGACUCUGGGCAUUCGACGGCUGGGACAAUACCAACUAUGUGACUGGCGAGUUCAAGAAUCCCAACCGCGACCUACCUCGGGUCAUUCACACAGCGAUGCCCUUGGUCAUUCUAUCAUAUUUGCUCGCAAACGUCUCAUACUUCCUUGUUUUGCCUCACUCGACCAUCGAGGCUAGCAACACUGUUGCCGUGCAAUUCGGCGCAAAAGUCUUCGGUGCUGUCGGAGCUUUGGUCCUCGCUCUAGUCGUCUCAGCCAGCUGCUUCGGAGCUCUCAAUGCAACAACGUUCACAAGUGGCCGUUUAGUCUACGCCGCUGGAAAAGAAGGCUACCUCCCUUCAUUAUUUGGCCGUAUAGGCUUCUCCGCCACUCCAUCGACAGGCCCUCCACCAGGCGGCAGACUACGCAGCCGCUCUUGGGCUCGCAAAUCUCUCUCCCGAGUCUUCGGCGACCAGGCCACACUUGGCCUCACCCCCAUCUACGCCAUGGCCUUCAACGGCGCCCUCACUACCAUCUACAUCGUGGUCGGCGAGUUUGGCACCCUGGUCACCUUUUAUGGUGUGGCAGGAUACACCUUCUACUUCCUCACAGUCCUCGGACUCAUCGUCCUCCGCAUCCGCGAACCACACCUAGAACGACCCUAUCGCACCUGGAUAUCCACUCCGAUCAUCUUCUGCUGCGUCAGUCUAUUCCUCCUCAGCCGAGCAGUCAUUGCCGAACCCCUACAGACCCUAAUUGUGGUCGCGUUCAUCAUAACCGGUGUCCCGGUCUACUACUGGCGCAUCUACAAGCGAGACGGUCGCUUCGACUUCCCGAGCUGGAAGUUGAAAUUCUGGAAGCGAGGUUCCCGGUAA